UCACUUAAACCAACUGGUCCAGCAAGUUAUUUCUGUUCAGCCACACAGACACACACACACACACACACACAGCCAGCUGCACCUGCAGCGCGGACAUUGCAUCUCUCAGACCUCCUUCUUUGCUGCUCGCAGCACUCCAGCACAGCCAUGAGCUCCUUCUUCGCGCCCCUCUUCCUCCUCCUUUUCUUUUUAUGCGUGGGAUUUAUAGGAUGUAAACCCUCGUCGUCUUGUCCGAGCGGACAGUUUCUGCUUAAAAACCAGUGCGUCCUGUGUCAUCCCACCUGCUCCGAGUGCGACGGACAGGAGCUGUUUGACUGCACUACCUGUGGAGUUUAUGAAGACGGACAGGAGCGUUUCCUGCAUCAAGGUCGCUGUCGGACGCACUGCCCCAGGGGAUUCUACCCUGACAGGGGUCACUAUGACUGCCAGCCCUGCAUAGCCAAUUGUGAACUCUGCACAGAUGGCAAUUUGUGUGCCAAAUGCCGGGAACACUACAAACUUCAGAAUGGGGUCUGCCAACCAGCACUGUGUGACAUAGGGCAGAUGCCAGAUCCCAAUACGGGAGAAUGCAUAAACUGUGAAAUGGGCUGCAAAACAUGUUCUACAGACCCUGAGAUGUGCAGUAGCUGCGUUCAAGGUUACUUUCUUUUCAGACAGAAAUGCCGCAGACACUGCCCUCAGAGCACCUACGAGGACCGUGUCGGUGGAGUCUGUCUGUCCUGUCCAGCACCAUGUGAGGACUGCAGCAGCAACACCCGCUGCAUCGCUUGCCAGCUGGGUUACUUUCUUAAUGGAGGGGGGUGUGUGAAACAGUGUCCACAGCAAACCUUCAGUGACUCCAGUGGGUGGCGCUGUCAGCCUUGCCACAGCUCAUGCCAGACCUGUCAUGGGCCUCAUUCAACAGACUGUGACCUGUGUCUGAGUGGGAAUCUGCCUCUGCAUGGACAGUGCACUCAGGUUAACUGUCCACAUGGCCAGUAUUUUGAUGGGAAAUUUGGUGGAUGUCACUCAUGCGAUGCAUCCUGUAAGACCUGUUUUGGCCCACAAGCGCUGGAUUGUUCCUCCUGUUUCCAAGGAUAUCUCUUGGACCUGGAGAGUUCCUGUGUAGAACAGUGUCCAUCCGGCUCUUAUGCAAACCCUGCCACCCGGCUGUGUGAAGAGUGCUCACCAAACUGCGAGAACUGCGUGGACACCAGUGAUAACUGCAUCAGCUGCCCCAAAGGCAGCAGCAGACUUUUACUGCACCAAGGCCGGUGUUGGUCGAAUUGUCCAGAGGAUUCCUUUGAGACUCCAGAUGGCUCAUGUGAGGCCUGUGAUAGCUCCUGUCUGACUUGUGAUGAAAACAAGUCUCAUUGUCUCUCCUGCCCUGAUGGUCACUACCUAGAGAGUGGUACAUGCAGACUGAACUGUUCACUGGGGGCAUAUCCAGCAGAUGAUGGUACCUGCAGACGUUGUCCUCCCCACUGUGAUGUGUGCUCUGAUGACAGAACCUGUUUCAAAUGUACGUUCCUCUACUUGAUGCUGAACGGUGUGUGCAAGGCUAGUUGUCCCAUGGGUUAUUACGAGGACAUGGAGGAAGGCCUCUGUUCUCAGUGCCACCCUACCUGUGUCAGCUGUUCUGGACCACUGGCAGAUGACUGCGAGACCUGCUCAAACUUCAGUCCCAGGCUCUAUAAAGGUUCAUGUCUCAAAGACUGCCCCACGGGUACCUACUAUGACACGGCAGCUAUGGAGUGUCAGGAGUGCCACCAGACUUGCAUGAGCUGCAGUGGCCCAGACCCAAACCAGUGCACCCAGUGUGAGAGGGGACUCGUGUUGGAUCCCAACACUUUACUGUGUGGCGUCACAGGUGAUGGGACCUGCCCGACGAGAACGUACCUGCACGACGACCAGUUCACCUGCAUAGGUUGCCACCAGCACUGUUAUUCAUGUCAGGGCCCUGGAGGUGAUGAGUGUCUGACCUGUGCCGUGCCCAGAUAUCUUCAUGACAGAGCCUGUGUAGAUGAAUGUCCUGCUGGUACAUACUCCACAAAGCAGGAAGCUGAUGGACAGGAGCUGGGAUUGUGUUUUCCCUGUGAUCAUGUUUGCUCUACCUGCACCGGUGCGUCACCCCGAGACUGUCUGACCUGCUCCGCGGGAUACCUGCAGCUCUUCCAGCUCUGCGUCCUCCACUGUCCUGCAGGGUAUUACAAAGAGGGCUCUCGCUGCCAAAAAUGUGACCCAUCCUGCAAGCUGUGUACAGGCCCAGGAUCCGAGUCCUGCAGGGUCUGUCUCCCUCCACUCCUGGAGCUGCAGGGCACCAAGCUGUGUGUGGAACGCUGCCCACACCGCUUCUAUCAGGUCAAUGACAUCUGCAAGCAGUGCCAUACCAGCUGUCAGACGUGCACAGACUCCUCGCCUCAAGGCUGCCUAACAUGUGACUGGGGCAGCACUCUCAAAGACAAAGUCUGCUACCCACGCUGUGAGGAAGGGCGAUACUUUUCAGAAAUGGAAACCUGUGAGUUUUGUGACAGCUCCUGCAGGCACUGCGUCGGCCCCAGACCUGACCAGUGUCUGACCUGUCACAGAGACUUUGCCCUCCAUGCUGUAGAGAACCGUUGCUCCCGCUGCUGUCAGGCUGCAGGGAAUCACACCAACUGCUGUGUUUGUGACACUCGCUCUGCCUUAUGUGUGGACGUUCCACAGCCCAGGUCCGGAGACAGUAAGGAGGCAGAUACAAAUAUGUCCUUGCGAGCUUUGAAGCACACCUCAGCUGCUUUACCCAUUGCCCUGCUGCUAGCGGUGGGUCUGGCCCUGGCUGUGUUUGCAUUGGUCAAGGCCCACGCCAAGAGGAGGCUUUGCUGGCACCAGAGCUACGAGAGACUGAGCGGCAGCGGAGGCAUCAACAUGCCCCACGGUGUGCCCGAGCCUGACAGCGGCGAUGAGGUAGAUGUGGUUUACACCAGCAGAGGCGGAUCGGUUUACAGACGCUACAGCUUCAUCCUUGAGCAGGACACAGACACAGACCAAGAUGUCACUGUCAGUCAGUCUUAGAUGCAUCCAUGCCAUCUGUGCACUGUUACAGAAUGAUUAUCAAUGUAAAAUUUGGUUAGAAAAAGUAGCUUAGUUUAUGUUUAGAAAGACAAGGGGAUGUAUUUACAGAUGUUUACAUACAAUCAUGGUGUUCAAUUGCUUUUAAUUUUUUUGAACUGUUCUUUUUAAGUAAAAUAACAAUGAUUCUUAACAACAAGCACUGUAUGCACCAGUUUAAAUUUAGGGUUGAAUUUCUCUUCCCCACACAGGGUCAAAAGUAAUCAUAUAAAAUCAAAUAUGCUAUGAUAAUUCCACAAAUAUUUGCAUAAAUGCCUUUUUCAAGUUGAAUGUUUCAACAAACUUGUUUUUUUUUCUAGAUGUCAGCGAGUUUCUGGUCAAAUUGUGGAUGGAUAUUUAACCACUCAGUUUGUUUAAACUAGCUAGUUUCUCCACUUUAGAGCACUAGACACAUUUUUAACAGGGUGCAAUACUAGAAGCUUAUUCUUAUCCUGCUUUAUACAUCUAAAACCCAGUCCGUGAUCUCUGUUUUGGGGUUAGUGCAUUGUUAUUAUUUGCAUUUCAACCAGCUACAGCACUGUGAAAAAGAAUAUGCUCCACUACAGACUUCUUCUGUUUUUUGCCACUUUUUGGGAGACUUCCAAGGCUAAAACAACUGAUGACCAAAAUAUCAACACAAAGACUAAAUGUAUAUUUUUUCAAAAAUAUCAUAAUGGUCCACAACAGUUUUGGGAAAAUAUUCUGUGGACUGAUGAGACAAAAGUGGAACUUUUUGAAAGAUGUACAUCCCUUUAGAUCUGACACUGAACUUAAACAGCAUUUCAGAAAAACAUCAUAUUUAAAGUCAAACAUGUUGGGGUUAGUGUGAUGGUCUGGGCUGCAUAGCUGCUUCAGGAUCUGGACAACUUGCCAUAUUUGAUGGAACCAUGUUUUCUGCUCUCUAAAAGAAAAUUCUGAAAGAAUGUCCCAGCAUAGGAUCAUGACCCUAACCUCACUUGGGUUAUGCAGCAGAACACUGAUCUAAGCAUAGCAGCCAAACCACCUCUGAAUGGCUAAGAAAAAAAAAAAAACUGAAGGCUUUGUAUUGGAUUAAGUCCAGACUUAAAUCUGAUGGAGAUGCUGUGGCAUGACCUUAAACAGGCCUUAUUUUUGCUUGGAUAUUCUCCAAUGGAACUGAAUUAAAACAGUUCUGCAAACAAAAGUUAGUUCCUGCACAGUAAUAUAAAAGACUCAUAACCAGUUAUCAGAAACCCUUAAGAGCAGUUCCUGGUGCCAUAGGUGGGGCAACCGGUCAUUAUAUUUGAGCAGCAGUUACUUUUUAACAUACGUUUGGAUAGUGAAGUAAUCAUUUGAAAACUGCAUUACAUAUUUGUUGAGGUUAUGUUUUAUUUAAAAAAAAUGUUUUCUUGAAAUGAAGAAUUUGAAGAAGUUGAAGAAUGUGGAGAACCUCCAUUUUCACUACCACUGACAACAGAGUACUAGCAGGAUGCUAUUACCACCAUCCUUAAGAGAGGGUACCGUAGUUUUAAGUCUGUAAACCUAACCUUGACUCAUUGUGUCCAAAUAGUUCAGUCUGUGUUGUCUGACCACAAAACCUUCAUCCAGGAAACAUUUGGAUUUUCCAUGUAGGCAGCAGCAAAUGUUCAAUUGAGCUUGAAGGUGAUGAUUUUGGAUUAAGGGCUUCGGUUUUUUUUGCUCAGCACCCUCCCAGUCCAUAUUCCGUGCUAACAUUUGCUGCAUUGUGGACAGUAGGAAUGGUGUUGGAGCAUUUUCUGGUUCAAGAAAAGUUUGAACUUGGGUGGUUCCUAAACAUUCUAAACAAGUUCAGUUCAUGUGAAGGUUUGGGUCAGAUGCUUGAAAUUUGGGCAAAAUUGGGUGUCCUGUCAGGACAAUAAUCUUAACACAUAUAAAAACAUGCGUUGUUAUAAAUAAAUUAGGCUUCUACUACAUUUGAAAUUAAUGGAAUAUGCCUUAAAACCUGGUGCAGGAAAGCAACCAAUUUAAAUAAACUGUAGCAUUUUUUUCUUAAAUACUGAUCAAAUGUCCACUCAGAUUUGUGCCACAAGCUUGUUAAUGGCUACAAAACAUGCGUGGUAAAGAUGCAGUCUGCUGAGGGUCAUUUAACCCAUUUUAGCGGGUGUAGAUAUUUUAGCCUGUACAAUUUGUGCACUGUGGGGAUAAGGAAAUAAAUCCAAACGUUCAUUCAACUUCACCUUGGAAAAACAUGAAUGCAAAUGUAUGAGUGAAUGUAAACAUCUGACCAGAACUGUAGCUAUGGCAUUCUUUGUUUGUUUUAGUUGUUACAUUCUACAAAGUGCCUGUAUCUGUAUAAUGCACACUGUUAGAAAAACAUGUGAGCAGUGACUGAAAAAACUACCUGCAUAUUUGUGUAAAUGUAUCAAUAUUCUUUUUUUAACGGACAUUAAAAAGUGAAACCAAA